GAAAGGUGCAGAAACGACCGUCGUUGGAUUGCCCAGAAGAACGAAUAGAGUCAUGCCGUUUCUUAAAAGACGACCAAAGGAAAAAGAAGAAGCUAUGCUGAGUUGGAUACUGAAAUCCGAGAUAAACCUUACAUCCGUAAUGGACGGCAAUGUAACCAUACUGAAAGAUGACAUAAAACUACAUCACAUGCUUCCAACAAAAAUAUUAGGUGAGAACAUAAACAUUGCUCGAGUGAAAAAGUAUUUCUCACCGGAAGCAUGGCAAACAUUAAAGGUUGCAUUAUCAUCAAAAAGGGAUAACGCAGAAUGGAACUGUACAGUAUGUGAUACGGACGUUAACAAUGCGGCAUCACUGGUGUGUGAUGGCUGCUUGGAGUGGUUUCACCAAAAAUGUGAACGAACUUUCAAACUUUUGUCAAAAAAAGCUAAAACCGAUUUGGAACAACCUCCUAAAGAGAGAUUUCCCUUAAAUGAGUGA